AUGGCCUCCUGCCUAUCCACCGUAGUGGUCAAUGGAGGGGAAGCGGGCGUAAACCCGGAAGUUGCCCGGCUUGGCCAUGGCAGCCACGGUGGGCGUGGCUUCCGGCGACUAUGAGCCUGGAAGUCGGGGCCGCGGGGUCGAGGGGAGGCCGUGGCUGACAGGCGCUCCUCCCCCCGACGGCGGCGGCUGCUGCCCAGGCGGACCGGCGGUUUCCAGCUCGCGGCCGCGUGAGGCGCCAGGGCCGCACCGGGGGAUGGACGAGGGGAAGAUGGACGAGAAUGAAUGGGGGUACCACGGGGAAGGCAACAAGAGCCUGGUGGUGGCCCACGCGCAGCGUUGUGUGGUGCUGCGUUUCCUGAAGUUUCCUCCAAACAGGAAGAAGGCCUCAGAAGAGAUAUUUCAGCACCUACAGAACAUAGUGGACUUCAGCAAAAAUGUCAUGAAAGAGUUUUUGGGGGAGAACUACGUCCACUGUGGGGAGGUGGUUCAGCUGCCUUUAGAUUUCGUGAAACAGCUUUGUUUAAAGAUACAGUCUGAAAGACCAGAAUCCCGCUGUGACAAGGACCUGGACACCCUCAGUGGCUACGCGUUGUGCCUUCCCAAUUUAGCCCGACUUCAGACUUACCGUUUUGUUGAGCACCGGCCGAUUCUGUGUGUAGAGAUCAAGCCAAAAUGUGGGUUUAUUCCUUUCUCCGGUGACGUUACGCACGAGGUGAAGCACAAAGUGUGCCGUUACUGCAUGCACCAGCACCUCAAGGUGGCAACCGGGAAGUGGAAGCAGAUAAGUAAAUACUGCCCCCUCGAUCUCUACUCAGGGAAUAAACAGAGAAUGCACUUUGCUUUGAAGAGCUUGUUACAGGAAGCUCAGAACAACUUAAAGAUAUUUAAGAAUGGUGAGCUGAUUUAUGGCUGCAAAGAUGCCCGCAGCCCCGUGGCCGACUGGAGCGAGCUUGCACACCACCUGAAGCCGUUCUUCUUCCCGUCCAACGGCCUGGCUGGCGGGCCCCACUGCACGGGUGCCGUGAUCCGGGAGCUGGUGCGUGUUAUCACACGGGUGCUGCUGAGCGACUCUGAAAAGGGCCGGGCCGGCGCCCUGAGGCUGGGGCCAGGCCCGCAGGGCCCUCGUGUCUGCGAAGCCAGCCCUUUCGGCAGGAGCCUGCGCCACCAAGGAAAAAGCGCCCCGGAGUGCUCGGGGUUACCGAAGGGCUGUCUUCUGUACAAAACCCUCCAGGUGCAGAUGUUGGACCUGCUGGACAUCGAAGGCCUCUACCCUCUGUACCGGCGGGUUGAGCGGUACCUGGAGGAGUUUCCCGAGGAGAGAAAAACAUUGCAAAUAGAUGGGCCUUAUGACGAAGCGUUUUACCAGAAGUUGCUUGAUCUUUCCACCGAGGACGACGGGACAGUGGCCUUUGCACUGACGAAGGUGCAGCAGUACCGGGUGGCCAUGACCGCAAAGGACUGCUCCGUCAUGAUCGCGCUUUCCCCCUGUCUGCAGGAUGCCAGCUCUGAGCAGAGGCCUGUCGUCACUUCAUCGAGAUCCAGGUUUGCCUUCUCUGUGUCUGUGCUGGACCUCGACCUCAAGCCCUAUGAGAGCAUUCCACACCAGUAUAAACUGGAUGGGAAGAUCGUCAACUACUACUCAAAGACUGUACAUGCCAAAGACGCGGCCGUGAUGUCAGCCAGGUUCAAGGAAAGUGAGGACUGCACGUUAGUUCUGCACAAGGUCUAACCGCCUCCUGUGGUGUCCCUGAAACUUGAACACAGAAUGUGAAGGUCAAAUGGUAGAACUACUUUUUGUCGUGUUGGGUGACUUUUGGCUGUGAAUGUUUUCGCUUUUUAACCCCCGUCCAGGUGGGGACUGCGUCUGGGUGACCCGGAAUGCACGAUCACCACCCACGCUGUCCAGGACGAGAUGUGUCGGACGUGUGCCCCAUUGCGUGCUGUGGCCCCACACCUUCCACCCGGGGUUCGCGUCUAACCUCUGGCACGAGAGCCUCAAGACCCGAGGUUUGGAUCUCCUACCACCAGACUCUAACAUAGAAAACUUGAAUUGUCGCGUACGUCUUACAGUUUGGACUUGAAAGAAAACAUGGAUACUACUGGAACUUUCCCAGCUGAGUUACGUGGUCCCUUCUUCCGUGCGAGCCACCAGGUAGCGCAGGCUUAGCGGGCUCCCUGCUGCAGAGUGGGGGUGGCUGGCAUGGAUGUGGGCCCUGGGCUGUGUGGACUCGGGGUCUCUGUGGAGGGGCCACACACCCUGCUCUGCACAGGGUCAGCGGGGAGCACAGGACUCAGGUCAGGGGGUGGAUACCACUCAAACGAGCGCUGGCCGUUUUUAGCUAAACGAUCUGAUCUGAACCGUAGGGGACACCGGGCAUUCCUUCCUGCGGGCAGGUGCUGCUGUGGUGCUGGGAGAGAGCUGCUGCCCGGGGCGGGUGUCCAGGCGGCCGUGCGCCGCGCAUGCUGGGUGUUCGGGGCCCUUGCUCCCGUGAGACGAGCCCCUCCUGGCUGGCACCAAGAGGUUCUCAUCAGGGUCGCCCCCUGCAGGUGUGCCCGGCUGCUAUGAAAACUGUCAGGAAUCUUGGCUUCAGUUUUUUAUUCUCUGGUAGGUUGUACAGAUUAUUUAUAUCACUGUUUU